CCUUACUUGGGUGCAAUUCUGUCCGCAGGAGGCAAAGGCUUUAGAUGACCAGAGUUGACAAGUCAUUGUAGCAACGCACGGUACUUCUGAAGUUACAGAACAUUUUGAGCUUGAAUUUAGUCACAUUAUAAAUUAUCCCCCAACGAGGCCACCGAGAUAUUGAAACGUCAUGCCUCUCCCGACCAAGUAUGAGCUGCCAGCAGCAGCGGACUUUCAUGUCCACCUCAGAGACGGUGCCAUGUCCGCAGCUGUUGUACCUACGAUCCGGCAGGGCGGCGUCAACGUGGCAUACGUGAUGCCCAACCUCGUCCCCCCCGUGACCACCGUCGCCCAGGCCCUCGCCUACAAGGACCGCCUGCACGCCCUCGACCCCACCGUCACCUACCUCAUGACCCUCUACCUGCACCCGUCCAUCACCCCCGAGGUCGUGCGCGAGGCCAAAAAGGCCGGCCUGGAGGGCAUCAAGUCCUACCCGCAGGGCCUCACCACCAACUCCGACUCGGGCGUCACAGACUACGAGGCCUUCUACCCGGUCUUCGCCGCCAUGGAGGAGGAGGGCCUGGUCCUGAACAUCCAUGGCGAGUGCGCCAGCGACCAUGCCAAGAACAUCACCAUCCUCAACGCCGAGGCCAGCUUCCUGCCUACCCUGAAGGAGAUCCACUCUCGGUUCCCCAGGCUGCGGAUCGUGCUCGAGCACUGUACCACGGCGGAUGCCGUGCGCGCCGUCGAGGCCUGUGGCGAGACGGUCGUGGGGACAAUCACCGCGCAUCAUUUGUUUUUGAUCGUGGACGACUGGGCAGGCGAUGUGUUUCACUACUGCAAACCCGUGGCCAAGAUGCCCAACGACCGCCUCGCCCUCUUAAAAGCCCUAGUCAACAGCAAAGGCAAGUUCUUCCUGGGCACCGACAGCGCCCCACACGACAUCACCGCCAAGAAGGGCAAGGGCAACACCGCAGCCGGCGUGUUCACCCAGCCCUACGCCGUCUCCUACGUGCUCACCGCUCUCGAGGAGGCCAUCGCGCGCGGCGACAUCGAGGAGGGCCAGGUCACGCAGCAGCUGCUGGAGGGCUUCCUGGGCGCGUGGGGGCGGAGAUUCUACGGCGUGGAACCGAGCACCGAGAGGAUUGUUGUGGAGAAGAAGGAUGAGGUGGUUGUGGACAGUAUCAAGGGAGAAGGGCUGGAGGUUGUUCCUUUUAGGAAGGGCAAGAACACUUGGAGUGUCAGGUGGCUUUGAAGAAGAAGAAACGAGGCAAACCUCAUUAUUUGAUUUUGGGGAUCUAUAGCUGUCCUAGCGUGGCGAGCUUUACCACCUCGGAUGUUGCCUAAGCUAUAGGUAAAUACAGGAAACACCAAACAGACC